UGGCUGGUUUCCGUCUUUGGAAACUCCCUCGUUUGCUUAGUGAUCCACAGGAGCAGGAGGACACAGUCCACCACCAACUAUUUUGUUGUCUCCAUGGCUUGUGCAGACCUUCUCUUCAGUGUCGCAAGCGCGCCCUUCGUGCUGCUCCAGUUUACCUGCGGCAGGUGGACGCUGGGGAACGUGAUGUGCAAGCUGGUAAGGUACGUACAGUACCUCACCCCUGGAGUCCAGAUAUACGUCCUCCUCUCUAUAUGCGUGGAUCGAUUCUACACUAUCGUCUACCCCCUGAGCUUCAAGGUGUCGAGGGAGAAAGCCAAGAAGAUGAUUCUGGCCUCUUGGCUGUUUGACGCUGUAUUUGCAUCACCGGCUUUCUUCUUCUAUGGCUCCAACAGCGAUGACCACUGCAACUUUUUUCUCCCCAAUUCUUGGCAAGGAGCCGUCUACGGUACCAUUCACCUCUUGGUGGUGUUUUUGAUCCCAGCCGUCCUCAUUAUGCUCUUCUACCAGAAGGUCAUCAAGUACAUUUGGAGAAUAGGCACCAAUGGCAGGACUGUCAGGAGGACAAUGAAUAUUGUCCCAAGAACAAAAGUGAAAACCAUCAAGAUGUUCUUAAUGUUAAACUCGGUGUUUCUCCUCUCCUGGCUCCCUUUUCACGUGGUACAGCUGUGGCACCCGCAGGAAACACACUACAGAAAGAGCUCCUUGGUUUUCCUGGCCAUCACCUGGAUCUCUUUCAGUUCUUCAGCCUCUAAGCCAACCCUCUACUCCGUGUAUAACGCAAACUUC